AUGGUUGACGCUCAAAAAUGGUUGGAUGAAAAUUAUCCGAAAUGGAAAAGGGAAAGCAUUACGAAAAUCAUAGCGGAAGGGAAAAAUUUAGUAGGUAAUUUAGACUUGGGUGAUUUCACUAAUCUAGAACUGAUACAAGUUAGAUCUAACAAGUUAACAAGCAUCGAUCUUAGCAAAAACUUGAAACUCGAUUAUCUGCAAUUGUUUGAUAACCCAAUCAAAUCUGUCAAAUACAAUUUAGCCAACCAAAUCUUGGCUCGUAAUGUAGUUAUUAUCAACCGACUAACCCACGGAAAAAACGAAAAACUUGAAAACGAAAUUUUGAAGGCUGCGAAGGAAGGAUUUCAAAACUGUGGGGACAUCUAUACUAGCACAAUAGAAAAAAAUGAGGAAAAAAUUAAGCAAAUCAUUAACAAAGCCCUCGCGGGAAAACAAGAAAUAAUCAAUAUAAUUGGCCUUCCGUUUUCGAAGAGAGAGUUUUUUAGCCAACUUCUUAAUGAAAAAGAAAGACAAACUUCCCAACUCACCAACCAACUCGCACAAAGCCAAACCAAAAUUUCCAUCCUCACCCGAAAAAAAGAAACUAUUCAAGAACAAGUCAACGAACAACUAAAAAAUAAAGAAACCGCCCUAACCGCCACCUUCCAAAAAGAAAAAUCACAACUCCAACAAACCCUCGCUAACCACCAAACCAAAAUCCAGCAACUAGAAACUCAAUUAGCCAAUUUUGAAAAACAAAAACAGGAGGCCCUAACCCAACAAAAAGACCAAAUUUGGAGCCAAGUUCAACAACAAGACGACAACCUUCGCAACAAAGUUAAUAGCAAACUAGAAAACCGGCUUUUUGCUCCGUCCGAAAAAGGCCAAACCCUCACCCGAGCAAUUGAUAACUUAUUGGAAAAGCAAAACCGAUUAACUAACCAAAUUAACGAAUUAGAGUCCGAAAUUGGCCGCACUAACUUGGAAUUAAGCCGAGAGAAAGAAAACUACGCAAAAGAAAAAACUCGCUUAACAGGCAUAAUCAACACCAAUUUACCAUACAGCAAGAAAGGUAAAAAUUUGGAUGAAGCAGUUAACAAUCUGGUUCGGGCUUAUUUGACCGUCCAAACCGGCGGAACCUCCGGAGCCGUAGCGGUCGCUAAUUCUUUACUCAAUCAAGGACACGGCCCUUCUUUACCAACUCAAGCCGGACAUUUCUCACCACCAAUGCCAACCAAUAAUCCAGUAAAUUUACUAUCACCAAACACCAACCCACAACCGGUAAUUAACCAUCAUUACCAUGCAAGACUUUACAACCUUGCUACUUGGGAAAUUAAUCAAGGAUUAAACCCACGACUGGAAGGAAAAAAUGAAACAACCAGCCGUUAA